AUGACAAGAAGAAGCUUCAACUUAACUGGCCUGAAGACUGAAGGUAGUUGUAGCAAUUCAUUAGGGAUAAUCAUUUCGCAGAUGAAUGUGGGAUGGACCCUUUAUGAGGUGCUAAGGUACGCACCUGAACACAAUUGGAUUGCAUAUGAACAAGCUCUCAAAACAAACCCUGUUUUAGCUAAAAUGGCUAUCAGUGGGAUUGUAUAUUCUAUGGGAGAUUGGAUUGCACAAUGCUAUGAAGGAAAGCCACUAUUUGAGUUUGACCUGACACGCAUGUUUAGGUCAGGCCUUGUUGGGUUUACCCUUCAUGGAUCCCUGUCUCAUUAUUACUACCAAUUCUGUGAGGCUCUUUUCCCUUUUGAAGAGUGGUGGGUGGUCCCUGCCAAAGUUGCUUUUGACCAAACAAUGUGGUCUGCAGUCUGGAACAGCAUCUAUUUCACGGUGUUGGGUUUCCUGCGUUUGGAAUCCCCAGAAAAUAUUUUUAGUGAACUGAGAGCAACCUUUUGGCCUAUGUUGACUGCAGGAUGGAAGCUUUGGCCAUUUGCUCAUUUGAUUACCUAUGGUCUUAUCCCCGUUGAACAAAGACUUCUUUGGGUGGACUGCGUGGAACUCAUCUGGGUUACCAUACUCUCUACUUACUCAAAUGAAAAAUCAGAGGCUCGGAUAUCUGAAGCAACAUUAGAAGAAAGUGCCAAUUCCACAAGCAAUCCGACUGAGAAAUUAAAGCUUUAAAGAGAAGUGUGGGUCCAUGGGUAUUUGCUAUCUUGUUCCAGCUUUGAUGUCUUCAUCUAAGAAUAAGAACAAGUAGACAGCCAAAGGUGAAGACAAGCACAAAAUCCAUCGUUUGGCAAUGACUGUGAAGAAUGGAUUGCAUGUAUGGGCAGGCUCUUGGUCUUGAAAGAACCCACUGGCUGUGACAUCUCUUUACAUUACCAUCUGGGUGCUGAACUUUGUUUGGGUGAAUUUGGCAUUAAAGACUUGUUCUGAUGUAAGCAAUGGUGAAAAGGUUUGCUUGUAAAGCAAUAUUUAAGAGGAAGCUAAGAACUAUAGUGGAUAUUGAGGAUGUGAGAUGUGAGGAUGGAGGUUAUAAGGUGGCGGUGGAAAUAAAAGGUUUUGAUUUAACUACACUGAAUACAUUCCCAAAUGGUUAUUUCAUCUGAGGGUAAAUGAGUUUUUGACAUCAUGACUAAUGGAAAAAUAGUUACUAAAUAGAUGGGUGUCCUUAUUCAUAGAUGGAAAUAAAGUGCGGAAACUUUUUAAUGUAAUUAUAUAAGUAUAGGAUAAUUAGUUUGACAUUGGAGUAAUUAUCAUUUAAGAAGUAAAAUUCAGAACUUCAUUCUCAGUGAAAGGUUCAUGUGAGCUUCACUUGAUUACUAGUCUUCUUGCAACUGCAUGAGAAUAGAAAAGAAACAGGGAGAAUUGAUAUAUGCCUCGUGCUUUGAUUAUGUAGCUGAUUUUUCUCAUCUUCUGAUGUCAUC